AUGGCUGACAUUGCCGUCCUGGAAAAGGAGAACCUUACACCUUCGGGACGUAGCACCACAGCUGCCAAGCGGUCAGCGGAAUGGAAGGCUGAGAAGGCCGACCCGGCGAAGAAGAAGGGUGGCCUUCGCCCGAGCACCCGUGUCAUUAACAAUCCCAAUGUCGCCAAGGACGCCUCACAACCGCCCAAGCCGGCAGUCAUGGGGCCACCGCCGCCUCGAGUACCGCAGAGAGCGGACGAUGGUGCUACGGCGGGACCCAGCAAGGCGCCCGUGCAGGGCGGCGUCACAGAUGCCCGAGCAGGCUCCAACGGUGCAGCCAGUUCUAUCAAUAGAGACAGGAGGUGGCAGCUUGCAGACUUCGACAUUGGCAGGCCCCUUGGACAGGGAAAGUUUGGCAGUGUGUACCUAGCUCGAGAGAGGAAAUCCAAGUACAUUGUGGCCCUGAAGGCCCUGUACAAGACGCAGCUGCAGCAGUACAAGGUGGAGCACCAGCUGAGGCGAGAGAUAGAGAUCCAGUCCCACUUGAGGCAUCCCAACAUCUUGCGGCUAUACGGCUACUUCUACGAUGAGAAACGAGUGUUCCUCAUCCUGGAGUACGCAGCAAAAGGGGAGCUGUACAAGGAGCUGCAGCAGAAAAACUACUUUCCAGAAGACCAGACAGCCACGUACAUUGCAUCCCUGGCGCGCGCACUGCUGUACUGCCACUCGAAGCAUGUCAUCCACAGGGACAUCAAGCCCGAGAACCUGCUGCUGGGCAUGAAGGGCGAGCUGAAGAUAGCCGACUUUGGCUGGUCCGUGCACGCCCCCAACAGCCGCAGGAAGACGCUGUGUGGGACGCUGGACUACCUCCCCCCUGAGAUGGUGGAGGGGCAUGACCACGAUGCCAAUGUGGAUGUGUGGAGCCUGGGAGUGCUGUGCUACGAGUUCCUCUGUGGGGUGCCCCCCUUCGAGGCGGAGGGGCACAGCGAGACCUACAAGCGCAUCCUCAAGGUCGACCUCAAGUUCCCGGCCAAGCCACGCAUCUCCGACGGGGCCAAGGACCUCAUCGGCAAGCUGCUAAAAAAGGACCCAAAGGAGCGCCUGCCGCUGGCUCAGGUCAUGGAGCACCCCUGGAUCAUGGGCUUCUCCAAAGACAGCCCCCUGGCCAGCUCAUGAUGUGGCACCAGCACAUGUCAACUUGCUGCCAGCUUGUGCAGAAAUAGGCCUUCAGGAUGACCUGACAAGAUAGAACCCCUGUUGUUCUGAUCAGUUCUUCUGAUCGUGAUGUAGGUUAGGCAUUGUUCCAGCAGCCCUCUGAUGUGUUUUCAAAUGACAGCAAUUGUGAGGAUGUCUCAAACAGGCAGGCAUCUCGUAGCGUGUGAGGGAGUCAGACAGAUAUGUGUGUGACCUGCACAGACAUGCACUGAUCUUUCAGGCUGUCAUGUAAUGAAAAUAUGGGGUUAGGUAGCAACAUUGUGAGGGGAGCUACACCUUGCAACUCAACUCUCGUGAGCUCACUACGACUGUAAAGCGCUCUCGGGGCGAAUUGCAGCAAUACCGAUGCUGUAGCUCUAGAUUCAUUGGAGAGGUUUUCAAAGUGAGAUCUUGAGUCUUCUUCAUAAGAGUUAGUCGCAACUGUGAACAUUUUUUGCUCUCUCCAGCUGGCUAUCUUAUGUCUUAUACACAUGAGAGCUGUGUCUACUGGACACUGUCCAGACCGGAAUCCUGUGAUGUAUCUCGUGCUGAAAUGUAAGAACAAAUAUCCUUAGU